AUGAACCGACCAACAAGAGACCCAGCAGACAGCAAGCCUAUUUAUCCUACUCUGCAGUCGUCAGACCCCGAACGAUGGUGGCAGUCGGCCAUCACCGACAGCCUGGAAGGCAAGCUUCCUUUCCCUCCUCAGGGAGAGUUGACCCUGAGGAAGUACGCCCAGGUCGUGGAGAAGAGGAGGUUUUUCUUGCCGGAGAUUCUGGUCAACCGCUACUUCAUCGCGGGUCUUAACGUCCAUCCUCCUCUAGCUGAACGUGAGAGACUGGUCAGCCGCCCGUUCCACAAGAUGGUGGACAGUCUGUCACAGAGGGAGCUGCGGGGUGCUACAAGGUCUUCAUCUUCCGCUACACUUCCUGUGAUCCCUGAGGGUCGUCUGUUAGCCGUUGCUACACUUGGGGACCAACCCAGUCUUGCCGCGACUCCUGAGACACCUUCCACGUCCAUCAGUCUUCAUGGUAAGCGUGGAAGGCACCCGUCAUGGGAGUCAGCAUCAGAGUCUUCCUGCCCGGAAUCCUCCUCGCCUGCAGUGAGCUCACCUGUUCCGGUAACAGUUCCUGUUUCACCCUCCUCUCCGGUCACUAGUCUGGCUACCUACUCCGCCCCACGACCCAGGAGGAAGAAGAGGAGGAAAGGACCUUCUGGUUCUCCGUCUCUACCCCCUCCUGAGCCCGUGAUGGCUCUCCAACCCGCCGCUGAAGUCGGAAGCGCUGUUCCCUGUCCCGCUGCUGUAAGCGUGGCUCCGGUUGUUGCAACAGGAGAUUCCGUUCUACAACCUGCUGCAGAAAGCGCCUUUUCCCAGUCGGCGUUGGGGAGAUCCAUUCCAGAGACUUGUACUGUGAAUGUCGUCUCUGAGUCUUCUGCCGUGUCUGCAGAAGAGAGAGCAGCAGUCGAUUCCGCUGCAAGGGCUGUGGUACAGUCCGUUUCGGCUCAUCAGGAGAUGCCAGUCAUCAUCGCUGCCAGAACCCUGUCCGAGUAUUUAUCCCGUCUGGCCAGAAUUCUUGAUGUCCCAGUCAGUCCUGUCUCGUCCCCAGUCCCUGUUUCAAAUGCUCCAGAGAGCGCCGAUCCCAGUCCAGAAACUGUCAGCGCUGAUCCCAAGUCUGCUAUACAGAGCACAGAUCCCAAGCCAGCUGCAGUCUUCGCUGAUCCCAAGUCUGCUACACAGAGCGCAGAUCCCAAGCCAGCUGCAGUCUUCACUGAUCCCAAGUCUGCUACACCGAGCACAGAUCCCAAGCCAGCUGCAGUCUUCACUGAUCCCAAGUCUGCUACACCGAGCACAGAUCUCAAGCCAGCUGCUGUCUUCACUGAUCCCAAGCCUGUUGCACAGAGCACCGUUCUCAAGUCAUCUAGUGAGAGUUGUGAUCGCAGUCCAACUGCAGUGAGCGCUGGUCCUAAGCCAGCUGACUUAAAUGCUGAUCCCAGGCCAGCUGCCACUAAGACUGCAUCCCCGUCUGUUCUGGUCUCCCCUGGCUCCUCUAAUUCCCGGUCUGUUUCCCCAUUUGUCCCUGUCCCCACUGUUCCUGGACUUCCGUUUGUUUCCCCUGUCAUGGCUCAACCCCGGACUGUUUUUCCCUUGUCCCACACCACUCCUCCCAAGCCCGCUCGGUCCUCUCGUCCUAAGCCCACUCCCUGUGGUCCCAGGACCUCUGUCCCACCCACCCACCCUAGACUGUCACGCAAAGACAUUGUGUUUCCUCCACCCCCUCUGCCCUUCGGUCUUGUCCCAUGUUUGAUGUCUCCUUGA